GUGAAGGGGGAGGGGAAAGUGACGUGAACGCGCAACGUGAACGCGCAUUUCGGCACGUGAUCCGAUCGCACCAACCGCCUCGCGUUAUAAUGUGGAGGUGACGCGCGUGCCCGACACAAGCGAGGUAGAAGUAUAAACCCCGACGGAGAGAAAGAGCGGGAGAGCAGCCGCAGCCAUGUCCGAGGAGAAGCCCAAGACAGAGAACGACCACAUCAAUCUUAAAGUGGCAGGACAAGAUGGAUCUGUCGUCCAGUUCAAAAUCAAGCGACACACUCCUCUCAGCAAGUUAAUGAAGGCAUACUGUGACAGACAGGGGUUGUCGAUGAGACACAUACGGUUCAGGUUCGAUGGUCAGCCUAUUAAUGAAACAGACACCCCAGCACAGCUUGAGAUGGAAGAUGAAGAUACCAUUGACGUCUUUCAACAACAGACAGGUGGCAUGUGCUAAGCCAGUUCUCCAACAUGGAAGGUCCCCAGCGAGCCUACAUGCACCUAACUUCCCACAUCUGCCGUCAUGACAAAGAACAUGCUGAUCUCACAAGAUUCUGGAAACAUUAGCAGACUCUUGAUUUAACAAUUUGCUUUGCCCUCCAUACAAGUGGUGGAAGUUUUGUUGUAAAGAGGGCCAAUAUCAACAAUUACUUUCCUAAAGUGGUUUUGUUUUCUUGUAUUAUUUUGUGUGGCACCGUUAUUUUUGUUUUUACAGUAAUCAGGUUUUUUUGUCAUGUAAAUAGUUGGACAAGUUCCCCUCUUUGUGUGUGACUGGCAUUUAUGUCAGGACACUCUAAAUUUCUGUUUCUUUCUAAACUGAUUACUUCACCCACAGCCACGUUGGAAGGAAGUUAGUUUGGAAGUGGGGAGCCAUUAUGGGUAAGGUGGGAGGAGGGACAUGCUUUUAUUUACUACUGUGCUACAAUCCUCUGCAUUAUGGAGGUCACUUCUCAUAGAAUGUAUGAAAUGCUGGUCCUUCAUAUGCUGAUGCUGUUUUACAAAUAGUUGAGAUUUUGGGUACUGUAUCUGACAUGUCUGGUGAAAAUUAAUUUUCCUGGUUAUCCACACAGGUUCUCAUUCUGUCAGUGAUUGUACUGUACGAAGGAUGUUUAAUACCAGAUCUGUUCUUUGUUGAUCUAAUUAAAUUGGCCUUGUCCUAUCCACUGUCACUCCUUUUAAUGCAGCAAGUAAGCUGAGCAUCCGCAUAGAUAUCCAUUCCUUUGAAAAUGAACAUGCUGCCGAAGACUAGUAUGCCAACAAAGAUGCCUUUUUGUGGAUGUGGUAGAGUGUUCAGGGCAAGAAUCUCUAGAGUUAAUAAUGUAAGUAGUCUUGAAUGCUACAAUUGACCAAGAUUCUUUAAAGGCUAUCGACUCCCCUAUGGACAUUAUCAUUGCAUUUUACUCCUUUUAGGCUAAACAUUUUUCAGUUGGUCUUCAUUAAAAACUUUCAAUAGUCUUGUUCUCUCAGGGCUCCGACGGCUUGAUCUGUAGCACUUUCCUGACUGCUCAUAAACGCUCAUUAUAGCUAAAUUCUUAUGGGUUUUACCAUAAUUUAGCUUAAAUCAGUUAGAGCGGUCAGGAGUUCAGUAAUAAGGGUUAGAGAUCAAGCUGUCAGAAAGCUACUGACAUUCACUGAGAAAGGGGAAUCAGCGAUCUGCAGAUGCACAGUCGGCUGUAGAAAAAUGAUUAUCCCAAAAGGAGUAAAAUGUAAUGAUAAAAAAGUGCCCCCAGAGGUGUCCGUAGACUUUAAUCUGAUAGUCCACUUUUAAACCUGCUCUUAAUUGUUUAAUUUUAAACCUGAUGCCGUUUUCUUAGCUAAAGUGACACUUAGCAAUAAAAACUUGCAGUUCUUCCCAUAUUUCAGAUUGUUCCACACAAUAAAGUUGUUUGUAACAUUAA